GAUCCCUGGAACUUUGGCCGGGGAUUGUGCGAAAACUACUGGACGGAUUUUCGUGGGGUUUGGUUUAUUUUACUCAGAAAACAUUCAAAAGCGAGGGUAUGUCGAGAUAUUUUUGAUUUAUGUCAUUUUGUGGCCGUCAUUGGGAAUUGAAUGGAGGUAUUAUUGAUGCUCAGAUCUCCGUUGGAAAAGCUAAAUUGGAAAAUAUGGCUACAUACCCUCGCUUUUAAUGAUAAAUUAUUAGCAUUGGUGAAAAAAAAUUGAAAGAAUUUUGAAAAUUCACGGAGAAAUCCCCGUCUGAAGUUUAGAUGGGAGCGGGUCGCGGAACAUAAGUACGACUAAAUUCGUUCACUCGAUUACAUGCAAUCUUAUGAACGAACGAUGAAAAUAACGAACAAAUCGGCUUCAUAUUUCGAACGUUUUCACUGGGGUAGAGAAUAGCCUUAAAGCUUCCUUUAUAGUGGCCGUGGAAUUUUUCUACAGAAAAGUCAAAUGUGUACAUUCAAAUGGAAGCAUUUAUACUGGCUGUGGAAUUUUAUCAAUUUUCUAUGGAAAAGUCAAAAUUUUUUAACUUUUCCAUAGAAAAGUGAUGAAUGAGAUGAAGAUUGAAAACUUUUUAUUAAAGUGAAUAAUCAUCAGAAUUUAUAAGAAAUGUUAUUAUUUUACAAGUUUAGAGGUUCAAAAGUGCUUAAAAUUGAGUUUGAAAAAAUUCCACGAUUUUCUGUAGAAAUUUUCUAUUGCCAGCUUACCGCCACUAUAAAGGAAGCUUAAUGAACUUUAGUACGUGCGGUUAUUAUUCUUUUCUUUCCUAAGAAUGAGUUUUACAUGUGCUCAUUGUGAGAAAGUUUACAAAUUCAAACAAAGCCUCAAAAAACACAUACUGAAAAAACAACAUGUGUUGGUGCUAGAAAAGGAAAAUAAUGUUGGUGUUACGAAUAGAGCCAGUCGAAUUUUGUGUUCAUUCGAAUCGUGUGAUUCGAAUUUCAAUACAAUUUCCAAUUAUCACCAUCAUCUCGAAAAAGUACAUAACGUUUCCUUGACCAAAGAAACAUUGGAAUUCUCUAGUAUGCAAGAAUUCCAGAAUUGGAAACAGAAUUUCGAAAAAGAAACGACGUCGAUGUUUGUUCAAACCAGUUCUGCUAAAAAAAGAAAGAAUUGUGUUACAUAUUAUUACUUCUACUGUCACCGUUCCUUUUUGGGGAAAACACAAUAUAUAAGAAAAACUGCUAAUAAAAAGAAAGGUAUUGGUAGUAACAAGGUAUCAAAAUCUUGCCCUGCAAUGAUCAAAGCUUCAACGAGUGGCGAUGGAGCUGUAAAAGUAGAAUUUUGUUCCACUCACUUAGGACAUGAAACGUCAGUAGAACGAUUACGACUUAGUACUAAAGACAGAACUUUAUUAGCAGAAAAAUUGAUCGCUGGUAUACCACCUCAGCGUAUUUUGGCUGAUAUUAGACAGAAUGCUAAAUCACCGAACGAUCGAAUUAUUUAUGCCAAUAUGAAUGAUUUAUACAACAUAAAAAAAUCCUUCGGAAUCGAUUCUUCUCUCAUCCAAGACCAAAAUGAUUGCAUAAGCGUUGAAUCGUGCGUAGUAGAAGAGUAUAUCUUGCCAGAAUAUGACCUGGUACAACCUGAACAAGUAGAAAUUGAGAAAAGUAGAGUGCUGGCAAAAUGUUCGGCUAUUUUAAGUGAUCUUGAAGCCGGAACUUGGAACAGUGAACAACUAUCCGAGAUGUCCAUGCAUCUUGAUCGUAUCAGUGAUAUAAUUUCAUCAGUAUCGAAGGAAUCAAAUCAGCCACCCAUUUAGUCAUACGAAUAAAAUCGACGAUCAGACUUUUUUUAACGCUAAAAAGCGUAAGGAGAAACAAGUUUUCAUCCCACCUUCCUCUCAGAAUUCAGUAAUUAUUAUGCAGGGUCAAAGUGAGGAUGUAUCUUUACCCAAUGUUCCUGCCAAAAGCUCAAGAGUUGUAUUAAAACCCAUGGAAUAUUUUUUUGGAUGAUGAUUCCUGCCAAAAUUCCAUCUUUAAAUUAUUAUUGUUGAUAAAUGAAAUUUGUACCUGUUUUUAAUAGAGGAUAAUAAUGUAUUAUCUGAUUAUUUCCAAGUCAUUUUGUAUGUUCUAAUGUACUAAUUUUAUUAUUUUUUCAUCGCUUUUGAAAAAGUGUUGUUAUAAAAUGAUCAACAUUUUAGAAUACAUUUUUCAGAGCUUGA